CACGAGCAAGCCCUUGUAAGGAAAACAUGAGCCCCCUUAAAGCUUCUCCGCACAAUAUGAUCAAAAAAACACUUCCUCUUCCCCUAUAUAUCCAAACCCAAAUCGCUAGUUUCUUCCAUCUCCUGAUUUAUCAUGCCACUGCCGAUGCCGAAUACCCUAGUAGCCCUCAUCCUCUGCCUUCAUGUUGUCGUAGCAAAAGCCAAAAGGGUGCCGGGAAAUGCCACAAUUAGCGGCACUUCGGCGGUGGCGCCGUGGCUCAAGAAGGUGACGGAUCCUAGAGACCCUGGUUGCUGGAACAGGCCAUGGAUUUGUCGGCAUGGAGAAUACCCGCCGAGAACCAGGCGACUGUGUUGUCGGAACCGAUGCGUUGACGUCGAUUCUGAUGUCAAUAACUGUGGACUCUGUGGAAUUAGAUGCCCCUUCACUUGGCAAUGCUGUCGAGGGCUAUGCAUCAACACCAAUAUCAACCCUUUCCACUGUGGCCGCUGCGACCAUCGCUGCCCCUUUCCGAGCUUCUGCAUCUACGGCAUGUGUGGAUACGCCGCGCCACUGCCGCCCUUUCCAUUUCCUCCAAGGCCGCACCCGCCGCAUGGCCCCUUCCCACCGCACCCGCCUCAUGGCCCCUUCCCACCGCACCCGCCACACGAACCCUUCCCGCCGCACCCGCCUCAUGGCCCCUUCCCGCCGCACCCGCCUCACGAACCCUUCCCGCCGCACCCGCCUCAUGGUCCCUUCCCGCCGCACCCGCCACACGAACCGUUCCCGCCGCACGGCCCUUUCCCGCCUCACCCUCCUCAUGGCAUCGAACCCCAUCCGCCUCCGCCACAUGACCCGAGUUUAUGAAGUUGAAUUGAAGUUAAUCCGAGAUGUUUGUGGGUUCCAAGAGCUUGAUGUUGUGAUCGAGUUAUCCUAGCUUGGCAUAUAUAUAUUUUGUUUAAUUUGUUGUACCUAGUCUAUUAAUUUGUGGUAUGAUUUAUGUUUCCUUGUUAAGUAUGCAUUAUUUUGGUAUUAGUCUAUCUAUUGUGUUUGUGGCAUAUUUGAUAAUGAGAAAAUGAAAAAAAAAAUAAAUAAAU